CCAUUCAGUUAAUUAGAUUAGAUUUCGAGUCCCCACAACAACAUAGACUUAUAUAUCCAUCAUUGUCUCCGAUUAAUAUUAAUUUCUUCUUUACCCGAUAUGACAUGUAUUAGGUGGCUUUCCUCUCUACGAAGAACAUCAGGUACAUCACGUAAAGCAUGCGAGGAAGAUGGAUUACGUAACAAGCGAAGCGUGAACGAGGAAUAUCUCGAAGCGUUCAGAACAAAGUCCUACAUUGAAAUAUGCAACAAAGCACAAGUGAGGAUUGGAAAAACAAGCACCAAAACACUCUCUUCAUCAUCAUCUUCUUCUUCUUCUCCUUCUUCCAUUCCUUUGUGCAUGCAACUCACGGAGUAUUUGCUAGAGCCACGCCAAGAAACGAUAACAAACAUAACGAAGAGGCUGAAGCUGCAUCAUCUUCUCGUGGAAUAUUUCGAAGCCAGCUUAGAAGCGUGUCGUUGUUGUGACACAAUCCUUGAAGCCAUCCAUUCAAUGCGUUUUGCUUAUCGAAGAAUCACACGCGUUGUUAAGCUAAGCAAAAUGGUUUUGGACGAUGCAAACGACCAAUCCAACAACAAUAAUAACAAGGAUGCUAUGUAUAGAGAACUCGCUUCUUUUGCUUUGCAAAACAACCCUUUGUCGAGUGUUAACACAGUUCAGUUUCGUGUCAUUCACGAUAAGUACGUGGAACUUUUGCAUAGGUUAAGGUCAAUGAGGAGGGAAAUUCGAAGGAGAUUAACGAUGAAGAGGGUUUUCAAGAACGUUGCGGGGGUUGCUCUUGUUACUUCACAUAGCGUGGUUCUUGUGGCUUUGUUGGUGUUUGCUUUUCAUAGCAUGGUUGGGUUGGUGGCAGCGCCUAGUAUUUUAUGUAGCUUGGUUGGUUUGUUUUUGAAGAAGGAUCGUGAAAAUAUAGGGUUGAGAGCUUGUGAGAGGCUGUGUGAGCAACUUGAUGUGGCUGCGAAAGGGGUUUAUAUUCUGAUCAAUGAUUUGGACACUAUGAGUAGGAUGGUGAAGAGGUUGCACGAUGAGGUGGAGCAUAGGAGAGUGGUUGCUCAAGUUUGUGUGAGGAAUGGGAAGUGUGAGAUUCUAAAGCAGGUUAUGAGGGAAUUUUGUGACCAAGAGUCUAGUUUUUUGGAGCUGUUGGACGAGCUUGAGGGACAUGUUUACUUGUGCUUUCUCACCACAAAUAGGUCUAGGAGACUUGUUAUGCAGGAAAUUACAGAGAAAAAAGAUUGAGAAGUUAACAACAUGCACUUCUCUCUCCUUGUAUAUAAAAAAGGUUCAAAGGUGCAUGAGUUGGUUAAGUUCCAUAUAUAUAUAUGUCACAGUGCACAGAGGAAGGUUUCAAAAGUAGGAUGGCUCUACAUUCUCUUUGUGGCAAGGUGAUGAAUGCUGGUUAAUGUUUCAAAUGCUUUGUUUCCUUCAAUUUUUCUAGAUCAUAACACAUAUUAUAUGUGUGUCUGUAAAAGGCAGGAUGAAUUAGAAUUAAAAAUCUAAGGUUCUUAUAGUGUACAAGUUUUUCACAUUCUAUGUUUUGGUUAAGUUGUCCGUUUCUGAUUUCUGUUGAACAUAUUGACCUGUUGGUUAAGUGCAUAUCG